GGGGGGAGGGGUGGGGUUUAGAGGAAGCGGAAGUGUCAGAGCAGGCGGAAGUGGUACUGCCCUGAAUACCCUGAGCAGCGAACGGAGGACGGCUUGUGAACUCCCAGCGUUCGGAGAAUUAAAUCGGGACUCCUAGUACAUUGUAAACCCUAAAGAUGGAUAAGAACGACCUGGUGCAGAAAGCCAAGCUGUCAGAGCAGGCAGAGCGCUACGACGACAUGGCGGCUGCCAUGAAGGCCGUGACGGAGCAGGGCGUGGAGCUCAGCAACGAGGAGCGCAACCUGCUGUCUGUCGCCUACAAGAACGUGGUGGGCGCCCGCCGGUCGUCUUGGCGCGUCAUCUCCAGCAUCGAGCAGAAGACGGAGGGCAACGAGAAGAAGCAGCAGAUGGCCCGCGAAUACCGCGAGAAGAUCGAGACUGAACUCCAAGAUAUCUGCAACGACGUGCUGAAUCUGCUCGAUAGGUUCCUCGUUCCCAACGCAUCUCAGGCAGAGAGCAAGGUGUUCUACCUCAAAAUGAAAGGAGACUACUACAGAUACCUGUCAGAGGUGGCCUCUGGGGAGUCAAAGACAAGUACGGUGGAGCACUCUCAGCAAGCCUACCAGGAAGCCUUCGACAUCAGCAAGAAGGACAUGCAGCCGACACACCCCAUCCGGCUGGGACUCGCCCUCAACUUCUCCGUCUUCUACUACGAAAUCCUCAACUCGCCUGAACAGGCCUGCACUCUGGCCAAGACGGCCUUUGAUGAGGCGAUCGCCGAGCUCGACACCUUGAACGAGGACUCGUACAAAGACAGCACUCUGAUCAUGCAGCUACUAAGGGACAACCUCACUCUGUGGACAUCAGAAAACCAGGGAGACGAGGGCGACGCCGGCGAGGGAGAGAACUAGAGCGCACUUCACUGUUAACCUACCACUUCUCCAACUUCCUCUCCUCCUUUGCCUCCUCCUCCUCCUCCUCCUCCUCCUCUCUUCCUUUCUUUCUUUCUUUCCUCCUCUGUUCUUACACAUAUACAAGCCCGUUCAUUCCCCUUCUCCUGCUUUUUCAACCCAGCCUCCCGAUUUCCCUUCUGUAUAACCAACAGCAUGAAUAGUACCUGAGCUUCACGAGUAAAAAAAAAAAUGAGGAGAAAAGUUUUAUUCCAUCACUUCCAUGACCCCCCCCCCCACCCCACCCUCCCCGCCCCCCCUCCCUUCUACGAUGGCACUCCAAGGCAGAGCCAGCAGCAGUGUGACGGGCUGGCCGGCCUAGUCUUACAGCACCCGGGGAGGGGUUGAUUCCAAAACAAGAAAAUUAAUAAGUAACUAGCCCGCAUUCCCUACUUUUUUUUUUUUUUUUUUUUUUUUUGGUCCCCCACCCCCCCUCCUCCACCCUGGUUUAAUCUCUCUCUUCCAUUCCUUUGCUCUUACCUCGUUUCCUUCCCUUUUGUUCCCACCUCCCGCCGUCCUAACAUUUUAAGAAAUAUUUCGAGAAACAAUUCAAGUAUGUUGUCCCCCCCUCCCCUCCCCUCCCCUCCCCCUCCCUAACUCCCUCCUCUAGCGAGUUAAUGCAUUUAUAUAGUUCCUCCCCUCUGUUUUGGCAUUUCUUAGUCCACUGGCAAAUGGCUGGUUUUAUUUCACUUCAAAAGAAGAAAAAAAAAAAAAAACAAUGAUGGUUAUUAAACGGUCCAUUUAUUUUCAACAAACACUGUGAUGCUUAGUUUUUUUCUCCACCUUGUCACCAGGAGAGCGAGCGGCAGCCUCACGAGCUGGGGGGAGAAACGCUGCUCUCUCCAGCGGCGGUGCGUUUGUGCUGAGGUUUAUACAGAAGGGUCAUACAAGGCUGUAUUGUGACACUGACUAAUUUCAAAAAAAGAAAAAAAGAAAAAAGAAUGAACUGCAUUCCUUCUACCUGCUGUGUAAUCAGACUCUCACUCACCCACUUAUUGUGUUUUCUUAUUUUUUUUUUCCAUUGUUUGGUAAUUAAUCUGGAACUAAGAUUCAGAUGGAGAGGGGACUCACGCAGGGUUUUCCUUUUUCGCCAUUCCACAUGUUGUCCUCCAUUUUGAACCAAGACUAAUUUGGAAAAGUGCACAUUCCAAUCUGAGCCCCGCCCCCCCCGUCCCGCCCCGCCCCUCUCUGUGAAGGUGCUGUUGGACAUCAGUUUGUCCACAACUUUAACAACAAGCACGUCACUUCCCCUCUCCGGUUGGUUUUCCCCCCAGUGUGUGUGUGUGUGUGUGUGUGAGUGUGUGUGUGUGUUUCAAAUGAAACUCAUCUCUCAAUUUGUUUUUUUUUUUUUUUUGUUUGUUUGUUUUUUUUGAAGACUGUAAAAUUGUAAAACAUUUUUAGAGCUUAACUGUAAAUCUGUCUUUUGGAAAACAAAAAAAAAAAGACCUGUUGAUGUUGUUCGGUCCAACCUGCUUGGAAAAAAAGACCCCGCCCCCCCCACCCCCCACCCCCCACCCGCCAAACUGCUGGUUUUGAUAUUUCUUUAUUUUGCCCCGACCAUUUCAGUUUUUUAGUUGAUAUCUGCGCCCCCCCCCCGGCCCGUGCUGACUGACGCGUAGAGGAGUCGUGUUCACCCUGUCAGUGAGCAGGGAGGCGACCCGGCGUCCCAGAGCUGCAGCCUGUCCCCUCGCUGGCAGCCAAUCUGGAUUACUGUGCCAGCUAAUCCCCCCCACCACCCCCCGCCCCGCCCCAUUAGCCCAUAAAUAUGAAUGAAUACGGCAAGACAGGAGGAUAGAGGGCGCUCUCUCUAUUUUCUUAUUUCCCUCAAGGUGUAUCCAAAUCCAACAACCUGACCGGUGUUAGAUGAAGGUCAGGUGGAUGGUAGGCCUUGUCGUGACGUAACCAGCUGAGUCGGACAGGAAGCUGUAGUUUGAGCGUCAGAGUGACUCUGUCCCGCUCCGGAGCUCGGGUCCCAGUGGGGUUUUGGUUUCCCGAACGUCUCCAGGCGCUCAGGCGAGGCUCCACCUCGAUUAGCCGGCGCAGGCCGACCGACUCGUGAGACGCUUCUGUCGUGUUCAGGAAGAAAGUGGCCGUCAGUGCUCAGGUCCGGUCUUCAUCGCGUGUCUCCGCGGGGAGAAAUCCGAGUGGGUGUCCUUUCAGAGCGGAGUGUUGCUCUGUGCUUCUGGAGGAGAGAGAGCUGGCGUGGCCUUUAGGAAACCAGGUGCACUGCUGAGACGUUUUCUGUCGAGUUUGUGAGCACAAAGGUGUCACUCCUCCAGCGGUGUUCAGAAAGGAAGGCAAAUGUUAGUCGUCCCAAACCGGACUCAGUACCUGUUGAAAAUGUGUUUUUUUUUUUGUUUGUUUUGUUUUUCUUAACGGUGCAGCCUUUACAGGAGUGCAGUGUUCAGUCCGAGCACAGAGCCGACACUUUAAGACUCUCCUCUCCCCAAAACGGUAGAAAUAGUCGAUUUUGUUCCCUACUCAGUGUCACAAUAACCUUGUUCUCAACCACCUUGACAUUCCACUCUGUAGGUGUAGAAAAAGUCAUGUCUGUCUUUUUUUUUCUUUCUUUUUGCUGGGGACAAAUGUUUUCAUGCACUGAAGUAAAAAAAAAACAAAAAACAAAAAAAAAAUACUUCCUCCCUGCUGCCCUUUCUCUUUAGCUGAACAAAAAAGGCAGUUAUUCUACGCUUGAUAAGAAAAAAAAAUGAUCCCAUGCAGUAGUGAAUGUGGCACCGAGCCUGUCUGUAUAUCUGGUAUCUCCAAUCGUUUUGUUUUUACUGACCAGUAUUCUGCCUAAAAAAAAGAAAAAGAAAAAAAAUCACAAAAAAAAAGUUUGCUUCUGUGACGGUUUUAUUGCUUAGCGCGCACGUGGUUGUGAAAAUUUAGACUUAGCUUAAGGACACCAAAAAAAAUAAAAUAAAUAAACAAAAUGACAAAAAAAAAAAAACUUCAUCUUCCCUUCCUGGUUAUUGACGUAAUACUAGAUUUGUGUAUGUCUUUUAAAAAAAAAAAAAUCCAACUCUAGUUUCACCUUACAUGUUAUAAACAGGACAAAAUGUAAAAGACAAUUUAAAGUGAAAUAAAGGUUUUAUCAGUU